AUGGUCUCAACUCGCAAACAAAUCGAGGAUUCGGGUGAAGAACUUGUUGGACCAUUAAUUUCAGAAAAAGCUCUUCGACAAAAGAAGAAGAAAGCAAUAGUAGAAGGAGAAGGAACCGAUGCUAAGAUUGCGUCGUUGGCGCAACAAAUGGAGAAAAUGACGUUGAUGAUGGCAAAUUUGGUGAAGGAUCUUGCACGCAAAUCGCAGGAUGAGAUUUAUGAAGAUUCAAGGAGGAAGACCUCAAGAACUAAAACAUCCAAAGUUAAGAAAAGGGUGCAAUUUAGUGAAGAGGAAGAUUCCAAUGAGGAAGAGCAUUGA